AUGGUGAAGAUGCCAAAAACAAUCAGGACUUAUUGUCCUAAGUUGAAGACCCACACCGUCCAUAAAGUCACCCAAUACAAGAAAGGAAAAGAAUCCAGCUUGGCCCAAGGAAGACGCAGAUAUGACGCAAAACAAAAAGGAUAUGGUGGCCAGACCAAGCCUAUUUUCAGGAAAAAGGCUAAAACUACAAAGAAAGUCGUUCUCAGACUUGAGUGCACUAAAUCGAAGGUCAGAAGGCUUAAAGUCAUCAAGAGAUGUAAGACAUUCAUUAUUGAAGAAAAGAAAAAGAAGUAA